CUUAUAAAAAGGCCAGGGACCGCCGGAGAAGGAGCCGCAUACAAAGCGGGACAGUUGGGGGGUAUGCAAUCUAAACCCGCUUUGCGUCACAGUGAAAUUCUGACUCUCUUCGGCCACCGUACAAAUCCUACCGGCACGGGCCUGCUGGGAAUUGUAGUUUCUUGGCGCUCCCAGUGUUUCCCUGUCAUGGCUGCUUCCAGUUAGGUCUGGAACAUUCAUAUUUAAUAAGAGUAAGGGCUAUCAAAGCGAAUUGCAUGACUUUGGGAUUUACAGUUUGUUGCAUUUUCUAUGAGUGCUGAAGAUGAAUCGUACCAUAGGCCAAGCCAGUGACCCGCUGCAGUCAGAAGAUCAAGAAGUAGGGUUUGAUCCCCUGCAGAGUGACACAGGAAAGCAAGAGGAAUUCUCACCUGAGAAAAGAACAAACCCAGCUUCUGAUUCAGAACAAAUCUUCAUAUCUUACAGCAAGGAAUGGGAGGAACUCUUUGUAAACAACAAUUAUUUGGCAACAAUACGUCUGAAAGGGAUUAAUGGACAGCUGAGAAGCAGCAGGUUCCGGAGUGUUUGCUGGAAGCUGUUUCUAAAUGUUUUACCCCAAGACAGAAGCCAAUGGAUAAGUAAAACGGAAGAGUUAAGAACAUUGUAUAAAAAGAUUAAAGAAAUACAUAUUACAAAUCCACGAAAAGCUGCUGGCCAGCAAGACUUAAUAAUAAAUAAUCCCUUGUCACAGGAUGAAGGGAGCCUAUGGAAUAAGUUUUUCCAGGAUAAAGAACUUAGAGCAAUGAUUGAGCAAGAUGUCAAAAGAACAUUCCCUGAAAUGCAGUUCUUUCAGCAGGAAUAUGUAAGAAACCUUCUUACUGAUAUCCUUUUUUGCUACGCUAGAGAAAAUGAACAUUUGCUGUAUAAGCAGGGGAUGCACGAGUUGCUGGCGCCCAUUGUGUUUAUUUUGCAUUGUGAUCACCAGGCUUUUUCACAUGCAAGCGAGGCUGCAAAACCAAGUGAAGAUAUGAAAGAACUUUUAAAUCCUGAAUAUCUGGAACACGACGCAUUUGCUCUUUUUUCACACCUUAUGAGGAGUGCGGAGCCCUGGUUUUCAACUUUUGAACAUGAUUCACGGAAGGAAAAAGAAGCAAUACUUUCAACUAUGCCAUUUGCUAGACCCCAGGACAUUGGCCCUUCCAUUGCUAUUGUGUCCAAAGUGAACUACAUUCAGGACCAGCUACUGAAGAAGCAUGACAUAGAACUCUAUAUGCAUCUAAAUAGACUGGAAAUUGCUCCUCAGAUAUAUGGAUUGCGAUGGGUGAGGUUGUUAUUUGGAAGAGAAUUUCCACUUCAAGACCUCCUUGUUGUAUGGGACGCACUAUUUGCAGACAGCAUUACUUUAGACUUAGUUGAUUACAUAUUCAUUGCCAUGCUGUUAUACAUUCGGGAUGCCUUAAUCUCAAGCAACUACCAGACAUGUUUGGGCCUUCUGAUGCAUUAUCCCCCGAUUGGUGAUGUUCACUCUCUCAUUCUCAAGGCUCUGUUUCUCCGAGACCCAAAGAAAAACCCAAGGCCAGUGAAUUACCAGUUUCAUCAAAACCUUGACUACUACAAAGCACGCGGGUUGGACUUGCUGAACAAAUCACGUGUCAACUCCAAGCCUGGUUCAUCAGCCAUGGUCAAAGUGUCUAGCAGUUUGAUGAAUUUUGGUCGGAAACUGAUUGGCCCAACGGUCCCUACUGGAGGUGCAAUGAGUCCCAUGAUGUCUCCCCAGAACAACAAUGGAAGCGGCUUCAGCAGCAGCAACAACAGCAGGAGUAUCAGCUCAGGUCUCACAAAACCUCUGCCAAACCAGUUUGUGGAUGAGUCUAAUCCACACCCCUUCCCAUCCAUGCAGCAAAUGCAACAAACGCAGCGCAUGAUGAAAUCAGAGAGUAUGCCAGUGCAACUCAGUAAAGGCCAAAGCUCAAAAAACAUCAGUUCGUCUCCCAGCAUUGAGAGUUUGCCCGGGGGCCGUGACCACACAGAUUCUCCUCCUCCAUCAGCUGGGAAGAAGGAGUCCUUUUUCAGCAACAUCUCCCGCUCUCGUUCCCACAGCAAAUCCCAAGGCAAAAAAGAAAAUGAAGAAGAUAUGGAAGCUCAGAUUUCAUUCCUGCAAGGGCAGUUAAAUGAUCUGGAUGCAAUGUGCAAAUAUUGUGCAAAAAUAAUGAAUACACAUCUUGGACACAUUCAAGAUGUUAUAUUAGAAGAAAAGCUGGAAAAAGAAGAUAAAAUCCAAGUGUCCCUUGCAGUACUGAAACAGAUAAAAGACAUUUUAAAAGGAACACUGCGAUUCAACCAGAGUCUCCUUGAAGCUGAAGAGAAUGAGGAGAUCUCCAUCACUGAUGAUCAUUACUGCUCCACCAUGCUCAGAAAGAGUGAGGAGAUGAGAGGGGCACAGGAGGAGCCUAGGCACCAACAGGCUAUAGCUGAAAGCUCUGAGAAUGCCGCUAGCAGCAAGUCUGAUGAUUACAUCCUGAUCCCUCGAGAAGACAAUGGGAAUGCUGUGGCCGCUGGCUUAGAACUAAAACAGGAUGAUGCCUUAAAAGAAGACAAAGUUCCAGCAGUGACCAAUCAGAUUCCAUCUCGUUCUUCAUUGGCCUUCUCCGAUCCUCUUAUGGCUGGAACAUCAUCUUGCAGUUCUAGUCCUGAUGAUGACAGCAGCAACAAUAGCAAAGAUUCCGACUUUACCAUUGUCAGUCCACUAGACAUUUAACUGUAGCGCUUAACUGUAGGAUCUUUAGUUCCCCUUGUUUCUUUUUGUAUGAUGUUUUAUAACAUCAUCCCUUAACCUGACAAUGUAAUAAUAAUAUAUAUAUACAGAAUAACUGUUUUCUUUGACUGACAGAAGGGGUUAAUAAUUUGUGUAUUUCAGAGCACAAAUGUCAGUACAUGAAAAAUAGCCAUUAUUGUAAUUUGCCUUACAUGUAUAUUACUGAUAGCAUGUGUCUUCUGAGGUCUUUAUGCAACUGGGGGAAUAGACAGAGGAAGAACAUUGCCCGAAUGAAUGUGUACAUUACACAAGAACAGAGGCUCCUUGUGCCCACAUUGUAAGUUUAUUUGCCAAGUUCUCCAUACAGGAAUCCCAUUUAGAACUUGAUCAGAUACCAGUAGGUUGGUUAUACACACAUCCCUCAUGUAUUUUUGAAGCAUCAAAAAAUAAUAUUUUUACUUUUUUUUUUUUGUUUCCUAGUUCUGAAAAAUCAGGAUGGAAAAAAAACGAUGUUGCCAAGUGUUGGGGUUUUGUAACAGGGACUACUGUAUAGCUAAAGGUAAAUACAGAUAUUAGCUUUUGUACAAUAUGGAUUCCAUUAAAUACUUAGCUUUGGUGUUGGUUUUUCUUCAGCAGCCUCUAUAGGAACAUAGAGAAUUAGCCUUGCAGUCUAACACCUUGGUUCCGUACAAUGCUGGGAAUUGUUCUUUAGUUUUUAUUGGAAAAGUUCUGAUUUAUUUUCUUAUCUGUUCCCAGAAACUGUAGGAUGUUGGUAGUUAUGCAGAGUUUAAAUUACAGUCAAGUGAAUAAUCGUGUAAUCCUAUAAACUGCUAACUCCACUGGCACUAUAAGUUCCUGUAGCAGCCAGUGUAUAUUCCCUAUGUCUGUACUAUCGGGGGCAGAUAUAUUGGCAGUGUAAAACACUUUUUUGUUACAGCGACUUCCGCCAGAAAUAACGGCCCCCAAGCUUGGCAUUUGGAUAGCAUAAAAUAAAACACACCUUGAUAGAUUCACCAUUUAUUUUACACAGCUUUUUACACCAUUUUUUUUUUCAGCAAAUUUUAUUUUACACAGCAUAAUAAAUAUGCCCCUUGGUUGAUAGGACAUAAAGUACAAUUCUUUUCCAACACAACUGAGCAGCAUUCUAGCCACACAUAUAUUAAUAGUUAUCUUAUUACUGUGCAGUUAUCUGUCAUUGAAAAUAAAAUAUGAACUUGUGUGUUAAACCUCUUAAUGCUAGAAAUAUGCAUUGGUGUGUAAAGGAGGCAGGAUAUGUAGGGGAAUUGUCUGUCCUAAUAGUAAUGAAAUGGGCAUCUACAUAGAUUAGUGUUGCAGGAUACCCUACAGGAGAACUGCUGAGUGGCUACAAUAAGCACAAGACACUCAAUGUAGGAAGAGACAACUAAACAAGGUGCUGCUUUCCAAGUACAUUCGUCCCCACCUAACCAUAUAGAGCCCUUCCCUUAAAAAUCUGCUGAGGUUUAGUUGUUAAUUAAUAAAAUUGGCACUGCCGGGUUUCCUCCUACUGAUGGUUUCUCCAAGGAUUGUGUUUCAUAUAUUUAUAUCAUGGCAUGAGAAGUAGAAAAGCACAUAUUGACAUUCUGGUAUUUUUCAUGGGGCCUGAUAUAAACUUAUGUUUCCAAUUGUAUUAUGAGAUAUAAUUCUACUUUUGCACUAGUAAUAAAAUAGCGUAACGGGCAGUGAAAUAUAGGAAAGGAAGAUUCUUGGAUAUAAGUGUAAAACACUUGGAUAAAGAUGUGCUCUUGCAUAUUUAGUAGGUGCUGUCAUUUCACCCAUACAGGGAUUAGGCAGGUAUAUAUGGCCAAAUACUGAGUGGCCUCUCUGAAGAACUGCUGCAGAGUUUAGGGUAGGUAAACAUUCUGAUCACCAAAUGAUAGGAUGGUGUGCCCACCCGAAACACAGAGACAAAAUAACCUCUAGUCAAUAAUCUUCUCUGGCUUUCCAUGGUCUCCUUUCAUGGGUUUGUUGUUUAUUCAAUAACCACUAGUUAUCUUUUACCUCAGGUGAGGGACCCAGGGUUGGUGAGUUGCCUGGAGCCCCUUCUCCAUCUUACACUCAGCCUACACUUCCCUUCUAGAUAUGCCUUCUCUUCUUCAUGGUGCUGUCCCUUUUACUAUGUGCCAUGCUUGUAAAUGGAAGCCACAGAUGGCCCUAGAGGGAAGCACAGCCUUGUAUAAGUCAGUAUUUGCCUGACUCUCAAAUUCGUCUUCAAAUAUUUGGUCAGGUUUCCCUUAGCUCAUAACAAGGCUACAUUAGAAGGCUGUAUUAGAUACUGAGCUAUAGUUUUGUAAACAUCCAAACUAGUGCGUUCCCCAAGUCUUACUCUAAUUGUCCUUUAGGCUGAGCUCCCUAAAUAUAUAGAAGAGCAAAUGGGUUUUCUUCUGAAAUCACUCCCCAGCUGGCCAUCCUGCUGGGCUCCCAAACCAGUGCUUACAGCUGUUUUGUGAAGUUAACCAAAUAAAUUGGGAACCCCUUCCUUAAGUGUUUAUUGUGUGUUAUAUCCAAAAAAAAAAGUACAAACACGUUGACUAUAUCAUACCAUAAACACCUACAUGUGUGCAUUGCCUCCUCUCUCAUUCUGCUCCUCAUUGUCAUUGUCCAAACACCCUUUGCACACUGUAAAGCCUAUUAUAGAUUAAGAUACAACGAGGGACAAAUCAAUAUACCUCAUUUAAACUCUGAGAAGCCAUGCAAGCUCCUUGAAAAUGUGCAUAAUGUUUUCCCAGACUAGAUGACUGUGUAAUCGUACGACAUGUAAUGUAAACUUUAGCAUAAUUAUGCAUGAGCAAGAGUGAUCAAAGGACACAAGUAGGGGAGUCCAUCCCUAGUAGCUGCAGAGAGUAGCAGCAAGGAACCCACCAGGCUCUCAGAGGAGAUGGCUGCCAAUGCUGAAAUCCCAAACUUUGCUUCUCACUUAAGCUCAUUGUGUAUCCUAAUGUGAAGCAUAGUAUGCCAAAGCACAAGUCCCACUUCAUUGCCAUUCCCAAAGGCAGCAACCUAACUUCAGUUGCUCCAUAAAAACUGUAUUUUCAGCCCCCCACAUUAUCUAGGGAUGGCACAUGUAUGUCAGUAUGAAUUCCAAAUGGGGCAGGUUAGUAUUGCUUUCAUCAAUGACCUAAAAGUGACAAUCAACCAUCAUGGGAUUGCUUUAGGUUACUGCUCCAUUGUUGGUAAGUGAGGGCUAUUAAAGGGAACCUCUGGGUCAAUCCAUAGCAAACUUGCCAGAAAUUUAAGUGGCCCCCGUGAACUCAACUUGUCUCCAACAAGAAACACAAUAGCAAUUGGAGUUGUUCCACCAUUACAGUGUCUCUCAGAUUAGUGCUCCUAUAACAGCUCUUGUACGCUGCACCCCAUGCUGUACCCCACACUGAUUAUAUAUACACACCAUAAAGUAAAAUUGCACUGCCCCAUCCAUUUUUUAUAUAUAACUGUUAUACAAUGACUGCCUAUACAUUUACAAGGUUCCACAAUGUCUGCUGGAAAGCUUCAAAAAUAAUUUGGCUUGGGGAAUUGUUAUGUGCCAAGGAGCUGUACAUAUAAUGGCGCUUGUCUCUUUCCUGUGACUGCCGACUGUAGCCUUAAGCUGAUGUACAAUAAGAUAUGAAUGAACAUGGCAUUCUCUCUCCAGCACAUGUAUGUGUGUACGUAUGGCUGUGCCACUCAUUCCGCUGCCUCUGUUCAUACAGUGUCUGUAUUCUGCUGCAUGUCACAAUGGAUAUGUCUGCUGCUGCUUCUGAAAGAAAGACUUUCAUAUAUUAUUCUAUCCUAAAAUGUGCCUGCUGAAGAAAUCAUCUUCUAGGCAACUCAAUAAAUACUGUACAUUUCAAUUAA